UGAAAACCAUAAUUUCAACGAUGGUAUAAAUUGUACGCUCCUAAGUAGCACCCAAUCCGCAUCUCCUGCUUUCCCUGAACUUAAAUGCUUCUCUUUUGACUCUCAGAAAAUAACCGAAGCUUUUGUCUUUUUGCAUCAAAUUUCCAUCAUUUAUUGGUUAAGAAAAUGCGAAGGCGACCUGAAAGUUCAUCAACUGCACCAGAUACAUCAGCCAAGAAAUCAAGUGGUACCUCUAAAACUGAUGAGGAAGCCAAACUGAAUCACGGUAUUCAGAUAAGAACUGCACGGAGGUCAGGCUUCACAUGGCUGACAUUGUUUGCGGUGAUUGUAUACUCUUCUUGGGCUGUUUACCAAUACCAGUAUGAGAAUUUGCCUGUGCCACUUACUGCUGAGCAAGCAGGCAAAAGGGGUUUCUCAGAGGUGGCUGCAAUGAAGCAUGUUAAGGCACUGACUGAAUUGGGUCCGCAUACAAUUGGUUCUGAUGCUAUUGAACUUGCUCUGCAGUAUGUUUUGGCAGAAUUAGAAAAUAUUAAAAAAACAGCUCACUGGGAGGUUGAUGUUGAAGUGGACCUUUUCCAUGUUAAUGUUGGUGCAACUCGCCUGGACAGUGGCAUGUUUGUGGACAGAACAAUUAUUUAUUCUGAUCUGGAUCACAUCGUAUUAAGAAUGCUGCCCAAAUAUGCACCUGAAGCAAGAGAAAAUGCUAUUUUGGUUUCUUCCCAUAUUGAUACUGUUUUCUCAACGGAAGGAGCUGGUGAUUGUAGCUCAUGUGUUUCUGUUAUGUUGGAACUUGCUCGGGGGAUUUCUCAGUGGGCUCAUGGAUUUAAGAAUGCUGUGAUAUUUUUGUUUAACACUGGAGAGGAGGAGGGUCUAAGUGGUGCUCAUAGCUUUAUAACACAGCACCCUUGGAGUACAACUAUUCGUAUGGCUAUUGAUUUGGAGGCCAUGGGUAUUGGAGGAAAGUCUGCCAUUUUUCAGGCUGGUCCUCAUCCAUUGGCUGUUGAGACUUUUGCUUCAGUUGCAAAAUACCCAUCUGGUAAUAUCAUAUUUCAGGACAUUUUUUCUUCUGGAGUUAUAAACUCUGCAACAGAUUUCCAAGUGUACAGAGAGGUUGCUGGUCUUUCAGGGCUUGACUUUGUGUACGCAGACCAUGGUGCAGUAUAUCACACCAAGAAUGACAAAUUGAAGCUAUUAAAGUCAGGAUCUCUUCAACAUCUUGGAGAAAACAUGCUUGCUUUCCUGCUUCAGAUUGCAACAUCCUCUCAUCUUUCAAAAGCCAAUGCUACGGUUGAUGACAUACAAUCUAGCCAUGAUACUGCUGUGUAUUAUGACAUUUUGGGGCAAUAUAUGGUUAUAUACCGGCAACGGUUUGCAAACAUGCUACAUAGUUCAGUGAUACUUCAGUCGCUUCUUAUAUGGACUACAUCUUUGCUUAUGGGUGGUUCUACAGCUGCAGUUUCAUUGGCCUUUUCAUGUUUGAGCAAUAUCCUCAUGUGGAUAUUUUCAAUAAGUUUUUCUGUUCUUGCUGCAUUCAUUCUACCCCUGAUAUCUUCAUCACCUUUGCCAUAUCUUUCAAUCCCGUGGUUGGUCUUGGGGUUAUUUGCUGCGCCUGCUUUUCUUGGUGCUUUAACUGGUCAGCAUUUGGGCUAUCUUGUUUUGAAAAGAUAUUUAUCAAAUGUUUAUGCCAAGAGAAAACAGCUGUCGCCUGCUAUCCAAGCUGAUCUGAUCAAGUUAGAGACUGAAAGAUGGCUCUUUAAAGCUGGUUCUCUGCAAUGGCUUGUUCUUUUGGUUGUAGGAACUUACUAUAAAAUUGGAUCAUCUUACCUUGCUCUUGUUUGGCUUGUUCCACCAGCAUUUGCAUAUGGUUUGUUGGAAGCAACUUUAACCCCAGGUCGUUUACCGAAGCCUCUCAAACUUGCAACUCUGUGGAUGGGCUUGGCCAUUCCGAUUUUAGCUUCAGCUGGCCAAUUUAUUAAAUUAACUACUGUAAUCAUUGGACUUAGUGUGCGAUUUAUCAGACAUCCAGGUGGUACUCCUGAGUGGUUGCCAAGUGUGGGACUUUCCCUUUUUAUUGCAGCUGUUAUAUGCCUAACCCUGGUGUAUCUCCUUUCAUAUAUUCAUCUUUCAGGUGCAAAAACAUCAAUUGUCCUUUCAACUUGUAUUCUGUUUGCUCUCUCACUUGCUGUGGUAUUUUCUGGUAUAAUUCCGCCAUUCACUGAGGAAACUGCCAGAGCUGUGAAUGUGGUGCAUGUUGUAGAUACAACAGGAGGAUUUGGUGAAAAGCCCAACUCAUACAUAUCUCUAUUUUCCUUUACUCCGGGAAAGUUCACUAAGGAAGUUGAGGAAAUCAAAGAGGGGUUUGUAUGUGGCAGACACAAGGCUAUUGAUUAUGUUACUUUUUCAGUUAAAUAUGGCUGUUUGACCUAUGAUGGAACCGAAGAGGGAUGGGAUGAGUCCAAUAUUCCCACACUAGAUGUUGUUAAAGAUAUAAACGGAGAUAAGAGAAUCACACAAGUGAAAAUCGAUACAAAGAGGUCCAUACGCUGGUUUCUUGCAAUCAAUACUGAGGAAAUAGAAGAUUUCACGUUUAAUGUGGGUUUGGAGGAGUUAGUUGCAGCAGAUGGUAAGCGUAGCAUAGACGGAUGGCAUACUAUUCAAGCUUCAGGGGGGAAGAAUGCACCAACAAAGUUUGAACUCACACUCUUCUGGCUGCAAAAUUCAACACGCCGUUCAGACAAGAUGGUGCAAUCGGAGCAGCGACCACUCUUGAGGAUCAGAACUGAUCUUCCUGGAGUGGUGACACCGAAGGUUGAAACAGUCCUUGAGAAGCUUCCACCAUGGUAUUCAUUAUUUGGGAAGUCCACAUCUCCUCACACUUUAUCAUUUUUGAGUAGUCUUCCUAUUGAUUUCUAGAUAAGAUUUCGAACUCUUUGUUAGCAUUUUUGGUACUGGAAAAAGGUUGUACAUUAGUCCCACUACCACCGAUCUACACAAACAAAACACCCUAACAUUUAUUUUCUAUAUUCUAUUGUAUACUUAUAGUACAAGUUAAAUCUUCUAUUUGGAGAGAAGAAACAAAGAUGAUAUCAAAUAUACUAAAACUUCUCCAUGGGUCUACUCA